GUCUUGUCAAGUGCGAUCUGCCGAAACUAUGCGCGCUAAGCUUGUUACGAGCGCCUAAUUUCGCGUAGAGUCGUUGCGUGUGCGCGGGCGCCGUCCUUUGUUCCGUGCUCCUGCCACUCCUGCCUGGGCGCUAGAGGCGCGCAUGACUUGGCGUGCCCGGUGGUUCAAAUCGUUUACGGCUUGGCGCACACAGACAAAUGUUCACUAACGUCGACGUCCGUGGUGUCCCACGAGGGAGAUGCGGCUGGGAACACUGCGAAUGCGACGGGUUCACGCGUUCCUGCACGGGCGCGUACGGCGGUGCGGGCGGCUGGGUCCAGUGCGGCUGGUGCUGCUACUGCGGGCAUCCGCCGGUCAAUCACAGUCGCAUCGAGAGAAAUGUUUUUGGCCGCCAGGAAAUCCUCCCGGUCAUCUGGAACGGUGCCUACCCACAAAUGCUUGAUCCUCCCACACGUUCUGAGUGGAAAAGCAUGUUGGAAGCAGCACAGCCCACAACGGACGAAGUCGUACUGGAACCUGAGGAGGAAGUGCGCAAGACUGCAGCGCCUGAAAACGAAAUGCCCGAGGUGAUUGUGCUGCCCGCUGAAAAGGAACGGUCGGAUCAGGACUUGGGGCUGAAGAGAAAGCACUGUGUAGAGGAUGCUCCCAAUUUAGACACUUCCACUUUGGAAAACAGCGAUCUCUUGCGGAAGGUUGAAAACCUGGAGAACGAAAUCGAGGAGUUGAAGAAGUGUCAGAACAAAGAGGGAAUGCCUUCCAGAGUCGUCCUUGCCUUCCCUUGGUAUUUGUGCAAGGACAUGUGCCGCUGGCACACCAAUUGUUCCCUGCAGGAAGUUCCUGCAGCCUGCUGGGAGUCUCCACAUGCCCAGGAUCCUGAUCAAUGGUUUCUCUGGUAUGAGGUUUCCAUUGAGGUAUACCUCAAGUUUUUGUGA